AUUUAUGUAAUUCUUAUUUUUCAGCCAGUAUGAAUCAUUACAUGCGUGAUUGGGUGAGAAUAGCAAGAUGGCAUACCUUGUUAUUAUGUAUAUUACGUACUUCGUAUUGGUAUUAUACUUUUUUUUUUUUUUUUUUUUUCUACAAAAAAAUUCAUACGAGUAAACUGAUUCCAACAAAGAAAAAGCAUUCUGGAAAGCAAAAUAGGAGGAAGAAGAUUCUGGGAACAAGGAAAAAUUCUAGAGGAACCAUUCUGGGAAGUCAAGUCUGGAUUUUCCCAGAUCUGGGUUUGGGGUCGCCGGAGCCGGAGCCGUUGUCACCCUCCCGCCGUGGUGGACCUCCGGUGAAGUCAGCUGCGUCAGGGGAAGCUCGCUGCAGCAUCCCAGAAAUUUCCGGCGGCCACCGCCUGAGUCGCACACCACCGCCCGUCAACAGCGGUCUGAAGAGGUAUAGUCGGUAGCUUGGUCGGGCUUCCGCCGGAGACUAGCUCUUCCGGCCGUCCUUGCUCCGCUGCGGCUUCCAUUGCCACCCUCAGUCAGCGGACGACCGGUACUGCUUGGCCUUGGUGGGAUGUUUCAUCUCUCCAUUAGAUUCCCCUCACUUGGCUGAAAGCACUCCACGUACAAUCCGUAUUGGUAUUAUACAUAUAGAUAGAUACAUAUCAAUAAGAUGUAAUUAUUAUUUCCUUAGGUGUAGUAAGACAACUAUAAUAAUUUUUUUAAUUAGACUAAUAUUUUAAGGUAGUCGGGUUUGAUAUGUUUAAAUCUGAUUUGGUUUAAUUUGAUCUGAUUCAAUAAAUAUUUGGUGUAUGUAUAUUUUACUUGUCUAGUUUGAUCAGACAAAGCAUGUCCUAUAUAAGCCCGACUUGAUUCGGUCUUAUAAUAUUCUCUAAUCUAGUGAGUCUUAUUUAAUUUUAUCGUAAAU